CGGCGUGGGCGGGGAGCUGUGAGCGGGGUGAGGGGGCUGGCCGGAGGGGGGCCUCUUGGUGUUUUCUUGUCAACAAUGGCGAAACUGCAAAGCAAGGAUCCUGGGUUAAAGGAGAAGUUUAAGAGCCUCUUAGGUCUGGGACCAUCGCGGGCUAGUUCCAAAUCAUCAGAGGGCAAGCAAACAGAGUUUAUCAUCACUGCAGAAAUACUCAAGGAAUUAAGCGUAGAGUGCGGAUUAAAUAACCGGAUACGAGCGAUCAGUCAAAUCUGUGAAGUAGCAAAAACCAAAAAAUUUGAAGAGCAUGCGGUGGAAGCAAUAUGGAAAGUGGUAGCUGAUAUGCUGCAGCCAGAGCUACCAGCAGAAGCCAGACAUGCUGUGCUUCACCUGCUGAAGGCCAUCAUUCAAGGACAGGGUGAGAGACUAGGGAUCCUCAGAGCACAUUUUUUUCAGGUUAUCAAGGAUUAUCCUUCUAAUGAAGAUUUGCAUGAACGGCUUGCAGUGUUCAAGGCUCUCACGGAUAAUGGAAGAUCCAUUACUCACCUGGAGGAAGAAUUGGCUGAGUUUGUCCUGCAGUGGAUGAAUGUCGGGUUGUCCUCAGAAUUCCUUCUAGUUCUAGUGAACCUGGUCAAGUUCAACAGCUGUUACCUGGAAGAUUAUGUUGCUGAUAUGGUCCAUAUGAUCUGCCUAUUGUGCAUUCAGACAUCAUCUUCGGUUGAUAUAGAGGUCUCCCUGCAGGUCCUAGAUGCUGUGGUUUGCUACAACUGCCUGCCCUCGGAGAGCCUCCCAGUAUUUAUCAUCACCUUGUGCCGCACCAUCAAUGUUAAGGAGCUUUGUGAGCCAUGCUGGAAGCUUAUGCGCAAUCUCUUGGGAACCCAUUUGGGGCACAGUGCUAUAUACAACAUGUGCCGCAUCAUGGAAGACAGAGCCUACAUGAUGGAUGCAGCAUUACUGAGAGGAGCAGUGUUCUUUGUCGGAAUGGCUCUGUGGGGUGCACACAGACUGUAUUCUCUCAAGAACUCACCUACAUCAGUGCUGCCCUCAUUCCUCAAGGCCAUGACUUGUCCCAAUGCAGUUGUAUCGUAUGAAAUAGUCCUGUCCAUAACCAGAUUAAUCAAGAAGUAUGGGAAGGAGCUGCAGGCUGUCACUUGGGAUAUUCUUCUGGAUAUCGUUGAGCGAUUACUCCAGCAGUUACAGAGUAUAGAGAACCAGGAUUUGAAGUCCAUUGUACAUGCUCUGUUGACUACUGUAGAAGAACUCUGUGACCAGAAUGAAUUCCAUGGGUCUGAGGAGAGAUACUUUGAACUGGUGGAGAGAUGUGCUGAUCAGAGACCUGAAUCUUCUCUACUAAACUUAAUAACGUACAAAGCUCAGUCUAUUCACCCUGCCAAGGAUGGCUGGAUUCAUAACCUGAAGGUGUUAAUGGAGAGGUUCUUCAGGAACGAGUGUCGUAGUGCAGUUCGGAUUAAAGUUCUGGAUGUCUUGUCUUUUGUCCUGAGCAUUAACAGACAGUUUUAUGAGGAGGAGCUGAUUAACGUAGUGGUGAUCUCACAACUGGCACAUAUUCCAGAGGAUAAAGACCACCAAGUCCGGAAACUGGCCACUCAGCUAUUGGUGGACCUGGCCGAGGGCUGCAACACGCAUCACUUUAACAGCUUGCUUGAUAUCAUAGAAAAGGUGGCUGCACGUUCUCUUUGGGCUCCUGUUGAUCUGGAGGAGAGAGACUUUCUGUCUCAUUCUGCUGCUUUAGAGGAUGUGAAGACAGCUGUUCUAGGCCUCCUGGUAAUUCUUCAGACGAAGCUGUACAGCUUGCCUGCCAGCCAUGCCACUCGGGUGUAUGAGAUGCUUAUUAAUCACAUCGAACUCCACUAUAAGUACGUUUACCGCCUCCCGAUUGCUACCAGCAUCAGAUUGCAGGCAUUUGACUUUCUGCUGAUGCUUCGAGCAGACUCCCUCCACCGCCUUGGCCUUACCAACAAGGAUGGAGCAGUGAGAUUUAGCCCCUACUGCCUCUGUGACUUGGUAGAACCAGAGAAGAGGGUGUCUGAGAAAAAGCCUGCUGGGACCCUCUCCCCUCCAUCAGGAAGCCCCAGUGUUUCCUCCCAGAAUGCCAUUCUUCGGAUGGGCUACUUGCCCUAUUCACUGCUCUUCCGAAUCCUCCUGCAGUGUUUGAAACAAGAGACAGACUGGAAGGUGUUGAAACUGGUUCUCAACAAGUUACCUGAGUCUCUCCGCUACAAAGUGCUAUUUUUAACCUCCCCUUGCAACCUUGACCAGCUGUGCUCUGCACUCUGCUCCAUGCUUACAGACAAAAAGACAACGGAGAGGUUACGUGGCACUCCAGAUGGGUUCUCCCGCAAUGACAUGCACCUGGCUGUUGUUCCAGUGUUGACUGCAUUGAUAUCUUACCAUAAUUACCUGGACAAAGCUAAACAGCGUGAAAUGGUUUAUUGCCUGGAACAAGGCUUAAUUUAUCGCUGUGCAAACCAGUGUGUUGUGGCUUUAUCCGUAUGCAGCGUUGAGAUGCCUGACAUCAUCAUAAAGGCACUGCCUGUCUUGAUAGUCAAGUUAACCCACAUUUCUGCUACAGCAAACAUGGCAAUACCUCUCUUAGAAUUUCUUUCAACUCUAGCCAGGCUGCCUCAUCUCUAUAGGAACUUUGCAGCUGAGCAAUAUGCUAGCGUGUUUGCCAUCUCUCUGCCAUAUACAAAUCCCUCCAAGUUUAACCAAUACAUCGUGUGCCUGGCACACCAUGUGAUCGCUAUGUGGUUCAUCCGAUGUCGUCUGCCCUUCCGGAAAGACUUUGUUCCCUACAUUACAAAGGGCUUGCGGUCAAAUGUCCUCCUCUCAUUUGAUGACACCCCUGAGAAGGACAGUUUCAGGGCUCGCAGUACAAGUCUGAACGAGAGGCCGAAAAGUAGUUUAAGAAUAGCCAAAAAUGCAAGGCAAGGCUUGAAUAACUCUCCUCCAGUGAAAGAGCUGAAAGAACCCUCUGCAGUUGAUGCCUUCCGAUCCCGCAGCAUCAGUGUGUCAGAACAUGUGGUCCGCAGUAGGAUACAGACAUCCAUCACUAGUUCAAGCCUGGGCUCUGCAGAUGAGAAUUCAAUGGCUCAGGCUGAUGACAACUUAAAAAACCUCCACUUGGAACUCACAGAGACCUGUCUUGAUAUGAUGGCCCGAUACGUCUUUUCAAAUUUCACUGCGGUGCCCAAGAGGUCUCCUGUGGGAGAGUUCCUCUUGGCUGGAGGAAGGACGAAGACAUGGCUGGUUGGUAACAAGCUAGUGACUAUCACGACGAGUGUUGGAACAGGGACACGGUCAUUGUUGGGCCUUGACUCUGGAGAGCUCCAGAGCAGUACAGAGUCAAGUUCAGACCCUGUUUUGCAAGUGAGACAAACUAAAGAAGCUCCAGCAAAGCUGGAAUCUCAAGCUGGCCAGCAGGUGUGCAGAGGAUCUCGCAACAGAGUCAGGUCAAUGUCUGGUGGUCAUGCCUUACGUGUUGGUGCUUUAGACAGCUCAGCCCCCCAGGGGUUACGGAGUCCUGCUGGUUCUGCACCUCGAACAGAGAAGGCCACUCCUGGUGGCCAUGCUCCUCUGCAGAAAGAAAAAACAAACCUGGCUGCAUAUGUCCCACUGCUGACACAGGGCUGGGCAGAAGUAUUAGUCCGGAGGCCCACAGGUAACACAAGCUGGUUAAUGAGCCUGGAGAACCCGCUCAGCCCCUUCUCGUCAGAUAUAAACAAUAUGCCACUGCAGGAGCUAUCCAACGCACUCAUGGCUGCAGAACGAUUUAAGGAGCACAGAGAGACGGCUUUGUACAAGUCCCUCUCAGUCCCUUCCUCCAGCUUGGCUACUGGGACAUCCAAACCAUCUCUUCUGCAGCGUUCCAAUACAGAAUCGGCGGUAGUUCUGGAAGAGGGGAGCCAAUUGGAAAUGGAUUUAAAAGAAACUGAUUCCCUGGCAUCUCAAGAGUUUGAAGACUUUAAGGCUGUGUGCUCUGAGCAAGCCCUGGCUGAGGAGAAGUUCAGCAAACCACACAAGGCUUACAGCAGGUCCUCUUCAACAUCUAGUCAAGAAGAGAAAUCUCUGAAAUCCGACGAACUGGUGGCCGGCGGAAUUCCCAUCGGCAGGGUUGUCCCUUCGGAGGAUGGCAGGACUCUGGAAGAGCUCUCCUUCCAGCCUUCCCAGCCACUCAGCAAAUCCAGCUCUUCCCCUGAGCUUCAGACGCUGCAGGAAGUCCUCAAAGACACAAACCCUAAAGAGGCAACUGGAAGGCUGAGCACGGAACUGAAAUUGAAAUCUCAGUCUGGGAACCUUGAAGGAGAAGGGGCCAGUAGCUGGCUGAGCAAAGGGGAUGACGCUGGACUAACGGGUACAGCCAGACUGGAUUGCAGCGUCCCUUCUUCCUCUCCCCGCUCACCCAGCGGCCACCGUCCUAGAGGGUACACCAUCUCGGAUUCAGCCCCUUCGAGGAGGGGCAAAAGGAUAGAGAGAGAUGCCUUCAAGAGCAGGACAGCUGCCUCCAAUGCCGAGAAAGUACCUGGAAUAAACCCAAGCUUUGUGUUUUUACAGUUAUACCACUCCCCGUUCUUUGGAGAUGAAUCCAACAAGCCCCUUUUGUUGCCAAAUGAGACAUUUGAAAGUUCGGUGCAGCUCCUAGAUCAAAUUUCUUCCUAUGAUACCCACAAGAUUGCUGUGCUCUAUGUAGGAGAAGGACAGAGCAACAAUGAGAUCGCUGUUCUGUCAAAUGAACAUGGCUCCUACAGAUACACGGAGUUUCUGACUGGCUUAGGGAAGCUCAUUGAACUCAAAGAUUGUCAGCCUGAUAAAAUUUACCUUGGUGGUCUGGACGUGUGUGGGGAGGAUGGUCAGUUUACCUACUGCUGGCACGAUGACAUUAUGCAAGCCAUUUUUCACAUUGCGACUUUGAUGCCCACGAAGGAUUUGGAUAAAUAUCGCUGCGACAAGAAGAGGCACCUGGGGAAUGACUUUGUUUCCAUAGUUUAUAACGAUUCUGGUGAAGACUUUAAAUUGGGAACGAUAAAGGGCCAGUUCAACUUUGUGCAUGUUAUAAUCACACCGCUUGACUAUGACUGUAACCUGGUGACGUUACAGUGUCGGAAAGACAUGGAAGGGCUGGUGGACACGAGUGUUGCUAAAAUUGUCUCGGAUAAGAACCUGCCAUUUGUAGCCCGCCAGAUGGCCCUGCAUGCCAACAUGGCUUCCCAGGUUCACCAUAGCAGAUCGAAUCCUACAGAUACUUACCCAUCAAAAUGGAUAGCGAGGCUACGUCAUAUCAAGAGGCUCAGGCACCGGAUCCGAGAGGAAACCCAGUACCAGACACCUGGCUUCCCCCUGAUGCAAAUGCACCCUUCUGCUCUUACUAAACCCCCUCCCCAAGUACCACAGGACCCAGCACCAACCUAUGAAACUGGACAGAGAAAGAGGCUGAUCUCCUCAGUGGAUGACUUCACAGAAUUUGUGUAAAUCCCCAUGUGAUCAGUGUCUGCCCUCUGGCAUGCGGCGGUGAGAGGAAGAGGGGAACGCUCUUGACCCUGCACACUAUUUCAGCACUGCCACAGGGAGACAACUGGGACUUGGAAACUCAGUGUGACUGUUACCUUCGUGUGAACUAGUUACUGGACUGCCAUGUGACUUGGAUAGACAUCAUCGUCUUGACUUUGAGUCGCCCACCAUCAUGAAAUAAGAAGGAUUUUCUACCCUAGUUGGAGAAUCCCAGAGUGCAUCAAGCCUAUACAUUUUUGGUCUUUAUUUGGCUAGAGACAUUAAGUGAAGUUUAAAGGUAUCCAUCUCUGCUAGCAGCUUUCGGGCAAAAUUUAAGCAUUUCUCUAAGCAGGAGAGGCAAAGCAGUAAGCCAGGAUACUGUUCUGCACUCAUCACUUGAUGGGACAAUGGACAAGCAAAUGGUGUUUUGACCCAACCAAAUGAAAGCUUCAAUCACACUUGAGAUCUCCAUUUCCUCUACGUGGGUGGAAAAGCUCUAUUAGCAUUCAUCAGACUUGCAUGCACUUUCAGACUAGUUCUUAACACCAGCUCUAAUUAUAGGAAUGUCCACUAGCUUCACAAGUUACCCGUAAAAACUGCAGCUGCCUUUAUUUCCAAGGAGCUCUCCUUGCUUGAGGACAUUUCCAUGAGUUUCCCACUCCAGUGAAAUUGUUCUCUCAUACCUUAACAAUAUAAGUAGGGAGAUGUCUGCAGGUCAGUGGAGAGGGAGAAUGGUAAUCAAAACUGGUAUGGAAAUCGCUGACCAUGAAUAAACUGGCUUGUAAUGAAGACUCCGUUAAACCCAGGAUUUCAAAGACAGUUUGGGCCUGUUUUAGAAAUUAUGGGCAAAGGAUUUAGCUAGAGGCCCAGACUUGCUCCUAGUGCAGUCAGUGGCAAAGCUUCCAUUGACUCCAAGGGCAGCAGGAUGGUCCACAAGAAUGUGGCCAGGAUGCUGGGAAGUAACUUGACCCAUUUGUGCGUAUUCACAUACUCUGCUGAAAGGCAAUCUUCAGAGAGGUGAGUGGACCUAAGUAUGUAGCCCACUGUGUGACCAGGGUGCACUUAAUUGGUCUUUAACCUGUUCUAUAAUGUGGCCUUGCCAGAAAUCUUUCCUCAAAUGCAAAAUUUUCUCUUCCCUUUUAAAUGACCCUUGGCUCUGGUUGGUGGCAGCAUCGCCAUAUUGGACUUGUCAUAUGGUGACAGUUCCACCUUUGGAAGCCAGCAGUUUGGAUUGUUUGUAAGGGGUCCUUUUAAUGCAGGUGUGUGCCAGGCCUUUCAGAAGUAGCAUGUCUUAUGGUGAAAGAUAACAGGACACUACACUACCAUAAUGGGAGAAGCUAUGUAAGCUGGAACAUACUGUGACUACUUUAUUGGGGCUUUUGUCACUUCUCAGUGACUGCUGUCCUCAUCAAAAUGAGUGAUGAGCUCUUAAUUUGCUAAACAAGAUGCUAAACUCAGUGACUGGAUAACGGCAGUUUUUAGUGACUGGGUAACUUCUGAGUAAUUUGAAUGGAAUCCAAGGCAAAGCAAUCGAAAGCUGGAAUUCUUUGGGAGACUUUUUUUGGAGGGAAAGGGGACUGUCCAGUAACUCAUGUUUACGUCCUAUUUUGAGUGUUUAUAAAUUGUAAAUGAAAUAAAAGUAUUUGUAUGGUUA